AUGGAGAUUUUCCACACAACCAAGCCAAACGAGCGUCUUAUAAUUGAGACUUACUCAGGCGCAAGGGUACAAAGAACAGCAUUCGCCAUUCCUCUCUUCCGACAUCAUUUAAAGAUUUGCAUUGCCCCCCUCGCUCUGCAACUCAGUAUUCCAGUUAUCACAAAGGACCGCGUCCAGUUCGAUCUAAAGGGAAUAUUCCUUGUCGGCUUUCGUGACUCCGCCGAUGACCCGAGUGUCGCAGGAGCCCUACGGUUUCUUUGCGUGCCUAGUCUUCAAAGAAACAAGGCAAUGAAUAUUCUGGAAUAUCCAUGUAACCGUGAACGUAUAACCGGAUUAGUGAAGGGUGAACUCUGCGCAUACAUCGCUACCAACGAUAUCGGCGAUAUCGUUGCAUCCGUGAGAAAUGGAUCUUUUCAAGCAGACAUACGGCAAAAUCUCCACGCUGCGAACAGCCCUUUCUCCAAGGAAUACCUCAGUCUCGAGGCUGAGAUCACGGAUCAGCAAGAUAUCCUCAGUGCGUAA